AUGGACUCGAGCUCCUCCGAAGCCGGAAGCGAAUCCGGAACCAAGAAGCCCUCCUCCUCGAGCACCAACAGGCGGUCUUCGUCGGGCGAAACGACAACGGCGCCGUCAAACGGUGCCGGAACGGCCGCACCGACGUCCUCGGCUUCGGUGACCGUCGUCACUUCCGGCGGUAGGAAGAAGAGGAAGAGGGUGAAGCAGCUGGCCUGCGUUAACAGGGACCAGAAUUUUUUCGAGACUUUUACGUCGACGGAGAAGGUAUGCGACGAGGAGGAGGUGCGGCGAGGUGCGGUUAGAGAUCGCUCUCGGAACUCUAAUCGCGAUCACUACAUGAUAGCCACCCUGGGCCACCAGGGCGACGAGGGCUCGAUGUUCAACCCCCAAUUUUUACCCAACUUCAACGACAUGGUCAAGUGCAUUGCUCAGUACGAGGCGAAGAACGGGCGAGUUCGAAUUCCGGAGACGAUUUUCGCUGGGAAAGAAGAAAAGGAAGAGGAAGAAGAAGGAGUCGAGGAGAUAUAUCGGUGGGAUUCCGAGGGGGAGAAGGAGGGCGAUCGCGGUUUUUACCAACGUCGGAAAAACCUGCGAUCAUGCAGCGACGAACUCGUCGCGAAUUAUCCUCAACUACGAGUCUGCCUGGAGGACGAAGACGCCCUUGAAUCACAGUCCGAAUGCUCAACGGCCGAACUUCAGAUCCGCAGCUUCUUGGGGAACAGCGACAACGACGACGUCACCGAUGAUCGUCAGAGCACAGCUUCUAGGUACAAUUUGGACCGUUCAACGUCACGGGAUAACGAUAAUAUCAUGAUGAUGACGAUGAUGAUGAUGAUUCGCGACGAACCGAGAAAUUGAUGAGGAAUGCCGCGGAUGUAAUAAAAUACCGCUUGUGGUUUUUUAUCAUUUCUUUCUCUUAGUUUAGUUAUUAUUUUUCUUACUUUCUAGAAACAGUUUCAUACGGGUACGACCAAUAUGCUCGUUUCGUUAAAACUGAAUCAUUAAAAUCCUUGAUUAUACGUUUUCUUUUUCUCUUAUUACCUAUAUACUUCAAACCGAUAUGAAAUUGAACUUGGUAAACAUAUAGAUAUAGUCUGGCAACUGCACAGGAUUCCAAUUAUUUACGCUGAUAUAUCAGGCCUUUCGUUAUAUGAAUAUGCAGAACAGGAAAUAAUCUGAUUAUCUUAUCUCACGUUAUCUUCAUGAAUCCCCCUCCCCCUUUCCCAAAAUGAAAAAAAAUAAAAAAUCUAUUAUUAAACAAAUCACUUGUCACGCCGAUUUCGAUAGAAAUAACGAUAUCUGUGUUUUACAUAAAAACAGAGAAGUAAGCAAGCAUGUGCCAAAUCGCUCGUUAAAAAACCAAAUUUAG